UGAACAUGAAAUGAAACAGCCGUCAGCCCCAGGCUGCAGAUGCGACCAAUCUGCUUUCACCUACAACAAGCCUCAACCAGUUUUCCACUUCUGUCGGAGCUCAAGAACAGCGUUUUCCACUUGGCCGUGUGUCUGGAUAAAUCUUGACACGGGGAGUGGAGUGCCUAGUUUGUGCCACUGUACGAGCGUUCCCACUUGCCUCUCCAGCUUCCUUCUCCCCUCACCCCCAGCCUCCGGAUGGCAGUGGAUUCGCUCUGGCACUACCAGUUCCGGAUUAUCAUGUUGGGGGACUCCACUGUGGGAAAAUCCUGUCUCCUGAAGCGCUAUGCCGAAGGGGUCUUCCUUGAGUCCAUGAAUCAAACUGUGGGUGUGGAUUUUUAUGUUCACUUCCUGGAGAUUGAGCCUGACCUGCGCAUCAAACUACAGUUUUGGGAUACAGCUGGGCAAGAGCGGUUCAGGUGAGUUUAGAAUGGAAGUUUUAUCUGUAGUAAGGAGAGAGAAAUGAAGAGGUGAUAUGACAGCCACCUUCAAGUUGUUGAAGGGCUUUCACAUGAGAGGAUGGGGAACUUGUCCAGCAGUGGGGAAAAGAACUUGGCGGUAAGGAAUAGAAUAGGUAUGUAAAAAAGAGAAUUCCUGGAUGCCAAGAUCAAAGUUUGGGACAAGUACUGUUUGGUGAGAGAUAUCAAAUCACAAAAUAUGCAGCAAAGUAAAGUGUGGAAAUAUAGGCUUUUAAAAUAUGCCAUUGCAAAUUUAUUCCAAAGUUCCCCUCUUCCCCAGCGUAGAAAAAUACCACUCAUUUGGUGAAUUAAAAAUGGUUUACCUACAAACUCCAAAGGUCAGAUUCAUGUGCUUUUCCAUACAGCAUUCAGAAAAGUUGCACAGGCAGUGGAACUUGACUUAGUCACAGUGGUGAUAGUUCCUAGAUUAUUGGUCUAUGAACUCAAGAAAGGCUUGUCAGAGCCAUGAGCUCUGAGCAACCAGCUCAGACCUCUUUACAUGCUGAGCUUCUCAGGUAGACUGUGGUACAACACUAGGCUUGACUACCUCCCAAGGUGAGGGGGAGUGACCCCAGCUAAGCCUGGCAGAACCCCUUCAUGCAUUAAUUAAACUUAAGCAUGUUGGUUAUAUGAGGCUGGUUUUCACACACUUGGGGUCCUCCACAUGUUGCUGAACUACAAUUCCCAUCACUUGGAGUCCAAUAACAUCUGGUGGGUUACAGGUUCCCCAUUAUCUUGUUACUUUCCUUAUGGCAAAAAGUCUGAUUUGGGGGAUUAAGCAGGUUUUGUUGUGCAAUACCUCCCAACCAGCUAUAAUUGUGAGAUCUGAAUUUGUUUGUUUGCGACUGAAUCACCUCCCCCCCCCCAAAAAAAAGUCUGGAAGCAUCCAAGGUGUGCUGCAGACAUACGCCAGCUGUUUAUAUGAGUAACUCCUCAUUCUGUAGACUCAAAACUGAUUAAAUAGGAAGGGUUCCUCCCUUUCCUGAAAGGCGUCUCUAUUUGUAUUUCCUUCUUCUGUCUCAUAAAACGGCUGUUUGUGAAAGAUUUUGUUGGCCUCAUGAAGACUCAUUUCCAUCUGGCAUAUAUUUUAAUGCUGCUUUCAAUAACGUUUUAAUGCAAUCUUGUUAACUAACUUUGUCACUAAGAUAAUAAUUAACUAAUGCUGCAGUUGUUUACGUAAUUUACACAUCAGACAUAAAAUGACUCAGGAUGGUAUCCAAUGCAUUUAUUCCAUUAGCACAAGCCUAAAAUGUUGUGCUAUAGAAUUGCAGAGUUGGUAGGGACCCUGAGGGAAAUCUAGUCAAAGCCCAUCAAAUGCAGCAGCAAGUUGCUUCUGAUUCAAGCCUUGGACAUCAGUAACCAAACUAUGUAGCUCCAUCAAUAACUUAUGCGGUAAUAUUGUUUGCUAUAUAUUUCAAUAUUCAGCAAAUGAAUUCCAACUUAAUUUCUGGAACUGGCCAAUCUGCCUUGCCCUUCUUAGGUGAGUUUAACAAUACACAAUGUGUUCCAAACCUUAUUCAAUCCAUCAUCUUGUGUUCUCUUCCAUUCAUAGCCCUCUUCUGUCCAAAGCAACAUACUAUGCCAAUAAAGAUUAAAAACACUAAGCCAGUAUAAGGUAAAAAGGUAAAGGACCCCUGGACGGUUAGGUCCAGUCAAAGGCGACUAUGGGGGUGCAGCACUCAUCUCGCUUUCAGGCCAAGAGAGCCAGCUUUUGUCCACAGACAGCUUUCCAGGUCAUGUGGCCAGCAUGACUAAACCACUUCUGGUGCAAUGGGACACCAUGAUAGAAACCAGAGCACACAGAAAUGCCAUUUACCUUCCUGCCACAGCAGUAGCUAUUAAUCUACUUGCACUGGCAUGCUUUCGAACUGCUAGGUUGGCAGGAGCUGUGACAGAGCAACGGGAGCUCACCCCAUCACAGGGAUUCGAACCACCAACCUUCUGAUCAGCAAGAGGCUCAGUGGUUUAGGCCACAGCGCCACCCACAUCCCCAGUAUAUAAUGCUCUAAGGUGAUUGAUUGUACGAAGGUGACCCAAGUGAGAAUGAGUUUCCUUCUUUGUGUUUCCUGACUUAGGUCCGUGACGCGUUCCUAUUACCGCAACUCUGCUGGAGGUGUGCUGGUGUUUGACCUGGCCAACAGAGCAUCCUUCGAAAGCAUCCGGAAGUGGCACCAGGAAGUGAUGGACACGGUGAAGCCUCACCACAUUGUCUUUGUGCUGGUUGGGCACAAGAGCGAUUUGGAAGCCGAGAGGAAGGUUGGACAAAAGGAGGCGGAGAAACUGGCCACUUUGCUGGAGGCCAAGUACAUUGAGACGUCUGCGAAGAGCAACAGGAACGUGGGGGAGGCUUUCCAGAUCUUGACGCUAGGAAUAUACGAGGCUCUGAAAAGCGGGAAAAUGAGACCCAGUGAACAGUGGGACGGGGUGAAAAGCAAACUGCCACCCUUGGCACAGCCUGAGGCCCAGGCACAGGAAGGGGGCAAGAAAUGUUCCUGCUAG